ACCCAGGCGUCACAGAGAACGAGAGAGGGAGGGAGUGAGGAAUGAAGGAGAGGGAGGGAGAAAUAGAGUGCUUUCACAUUACAGAAACAAGACAGCGAGGCUCAUUCCCGUAUCUCGCGAACCUCAGACGCCUGAUGCCUCAUCCCUCCAUCAGCGCUGCACAGCAGUUUCUCUCGUUUGAGCCAGGGCGUUGCUUUGUCAUGUAGAAAAUUAAGCAAAAUAAGAAAAGAAGAAUGAAAAUGCUUCGAUUUCGCACUUCGAGCAUCCGGUCCUUAAACCAGGAGAUCCAGUGCACGGUGAGGCUGUUGGAUGAUACGGAGAUCUCGUGCAGCAUCCAGAGAGACACUAAGGGCCAGUUCCUCCUGGACCACGUGUGUAACCAUUACAGCCUGCUGGAGAAGGACUACUUCGGCAUCCGAUACGUCGACCCCGAAAAACAGAGGCACUGGCUGGAGCCCAAUAAAUGCAUAGUGAAGCAGAUGAAGUCGCACCAGCCCUACACCAUGUGUUUCAGAGUGAAGUUUUACCCCCACGAACCCAUGAAGAUCAAAGAGGAGCUCACCAGGUAUCUGCUGUACCUCCAGCUGAAGAGGGACCUGUAUCACGGCCGACUGCUCUGUCCCUUCGCUGAAGCGGCGUACCUGGGCGCCUGCGUCGUGCAGGCUGAGCUGGGCGACUACGACCCGGACGAACAUCCCGCCGAUUACAUCGGCCACUUCAAGCUCUUCCCCAAACAGACCCUCAAACUGGAGCGCAGGAUCAUGGAGAUUCACAGGACCGAGCUCAGGGGGCAGUGUCCAGCACUAGCAGAGCUGAACCUCCUCCAGAGAGCGCACACUCUGGAGACGUAUGGAGUGGACCCUCAUCCAUGCAAGGAUUUCACAGGAUCCACAGCAUUUUUGGGUUUCACAGCUACUGGCUUUGUGGUGUUUCAAGGGAAUAAGAGGAUCCACCUCCUGAAAUGGGCUGAUGUAAGCAAGCUGAAAUUUGAAGGGAAAACGUUCUACGUGAUCGGCAUUCAGAAAGAGAAGAAACUGGUGUUGACGUUCCAUACCUCCACUCCAGCAGCCUGUAAGCACCUGUGGAAGUGUGGUGUGGAGAACCAGGCCUUCUACAAGUGUGCAAAGUCCAGCCAGAUCAGGACCGUGUCCAGCAGUAAUGUAUUUUUCAAAGGCAGCAGAUUCAGAUACAGUGGAAGAGUUGCAAAGGAGGUGAUAGAAGCAAGCUCCAAAAUCCAGAGAGACCCACCUGCUGUACACAGGUCCAACUUUGCCCAGAGCAGAAGCUACAACUCCCUGAGCAACAAGCACCUCAUCAUGAACAUGGAGCCCCUACUACCUGCCCUGCCUGGGCCCAUCGAGGGGGAGGAGCUUACCACAGAAUGCGGUGUGAUGGCGCUGAAGGAUUCGGUCCACCUGUCGCCCCUGCGGCCCCUGCUCGGCCAGUCGGGACCGGGGGGGGAGGAGGGGGGCCAGUUCUGCGUCCCGGGGGAGCAGGGCGGCCUCGAACCCGCGAGCGAGGAGCAGCAGACGCACAGCGAGCCGGAGGACCAGGAGGCGGAGGCGGAGGAGGCGCUGACCAUCUCGGAGCUGGCCUACAGCCCGUGCGCCAGCAUGCUGCCCACGCCCGUGGAGGACGGCGGGGGCGUGGACCUCCUGUUCCAGAGCCCCGUCAAGCUCCUGAAGGAGCUGCACGCCGACCGGCAGCUGGAGGCGGAGCUGGAGGAGGAGCUGGGGUCGGGGCCGAGGGCCGAGGGGGUGGAGCUGCGGGCGGCGGCGGCGGGCGGGGCCCUGGGCGGGGUGCGGCGGCUGGCGGGGCAUGCGCAGACUGGGGCCUGCCUGCGCAGCCUGGCCCGCCUGCUGCUGGUGGGCCUGGGCCUGCUCCUGGUGCUCCUGCCGCUCCUGCUGGUGCUCCUGGAGUCCGACAUCGACGUCUCCUUCCUGCGCGACAUCCGGCAGACGCCCGAGUUCCAGCAGUUCCACUACGAGUACUACUGCCCCCUGCGCCGCUGGCUCGUCUGCAAGAUCAACGUCGUCAUGGAGAAGCUGGGCGCGGACUGAGGGCCGAGGAGCCACGCCCACACCACACCCCGCCUCCACGCGCCCCAGGAACAGCGACGCGGCGUGGUCUCGCCACCAGGGUUGGGGCGGGGCGGG